AUGGCCGAAACUGCCUGCCCCGCAUCCACGUUGCCUCUCCCGCGUAUCACCAUCCGCUUCUGUACCCAAUGCAAGUGGAUGUUGAGAGCGGCAUACUUCGCACAAGAACUCCUAUCUACAUUUUCGACAUCCCUAGGAGAGGUUGCCCUUCAACCUGCCACGGGUGGUGUCUUUGUUGUUGAGAUACACUAUGCCGACUCCAGCGUCCAGGUAGCCAGUCCUUCAGCCUCUGGAGCUUCUGGGACGGAUAACAACCCCACAACACAUCGUCGUGUUCUCUGGGAUCGCAAGAUAGAUGGUGGGUUUCCCGAAACGAAAGAGCUCAAGCGGCGCGUGCGCGAUGUCAUUGAACCAGGCCGGAAUCUAGGACACGUCGACCGAGACUACCCAAGGCAGAGGCAGCCAGAUAAGGAAGAGAGCAAAGCAGACAAUAUCUCCCAGCCAUCAGAUUCGCAGCCUCCAUCUCAAAAGGGCCAGAAAGAGUGCGAAGACUGUCAGUAA